AUUACUUAACCGUUACUACAACAAUUCUUUGCAUCAUCAUUCAUCAUGGAUUCUCCUUACCUUAGAAUCUCUCUUUCUUUUGUCUUCUGGGCUUUGCUACUCUCACCGGCUGUGUCACAGUCCUCUUCUUGUUCGUCACAGACAUUUUCCGGCGUCAGAUCUUACCCUCACUGCCUUGACCUACCUGAUCUUAAAGCUUUUCUCCAUUACUCUUAUGACGCAUCUAACACCACUCUCGCCGUUGUUUUCUCUGCUCCACCGUCAAAACCUGGUGGCUGGAUCGCUUGGGCUAUUAACCCUAAAUCCACCGGCAUGGCUGGAUCUCAAGCCCUUGUUGCCUCUAAGGACCCUAAAACCGGCGUUGCCUCUGUCACGACCCUUAAUAUCGUCUCUUACAGCUCUCUUGUUCCCUCGAAGCUUUCCUUUGACGUGUGGGAUGUUAAGGCGGAGGAGGCGGCUAAUGACGGUGGAGCUUUGCGAAUCUUUGCGAAGGUGAAGGUUCCGGCGGAUUUGGCGGCGAAUGGGAAGGUUAACCAGGUUUGGCAGGUCGGUCCGGGAGUGUCCAAUGGGAGGAUACAGCCUCAUGAUUUCAGUGGUCCCAAUCUCAACUCAUUGGGACCGCUCGAUUUAACCGGGACCACCCCCGGAGUCCCUGUCUCCGGAGGCGGCGGUGCCGGUAACUCUAGAAUUCACAAGAGAAACAUCCAUGGGAUAUUGAACGCUGUGAGUUGGGGACUUCUAUUUCCGAUAGGAGCAAUGAUAGCUAGGUACAUGAGAAUCUUUGAAUCAGCAGAUCCUGCUUGGUUUUACCUCCACGUCUCAUGCCAAUUCUCUGCUUACGCUAUCGGUGUUGCCGGAUGGGCCACCGGACUCAAGCUUGGUUCUGAAUCUAAAGGUAUUCAGUACAACACUCACCGGAACAUAGGCAUCAGUCUCUUCUCUUUGGCCACUCUUCAGAUGUUUGCGAUGCUGUUGCGGCCAAGGAAGGACCACAAAUUUAGAUACGUUUGGAAUAUUUACCACCACGGAGUUGGAUACUCUAUCCUCAUCCUUGGAAUCAUCAAUGUUUUCAAAGGUCUUAGCAUCUUGAACCCGAAGCAUACUUACAAGACCGCUUAUAUCGCGGUGAUUGGGACCUUAGGAGGCAUCACUUUACUCUUGGAAGUUGUUACUUGGGUCAUUGUCCUCAAGAGAAAAUCUGCCAAUUCUACAAAGCCUCUUAAGGCCUAAUGGUGUUGGUAAUUCAAAGGAUUUUUAUUGUUUUAUUUUCUUUAAGUUAGAAAUUGCAUUGUAUUUCUCCACAAAUCAUGAUUCAUCUCUAGACGUUACUUGUUUUGAUGAUGAUGAUUAUGACUUUUGAGGUUUAUUGUAUAGUAGAAGAAACACAUGUAUUAGUGUUUGUUUUUUUGUAACUCUGCCUCUUGUUUCGUGUGUUUUUGUGAUUCAGAGUACUUGUAGGGAAUUUAAAAACUUU